CCGGGAGUCCGGAGCCGAACCGGGCGCUGCUCCUUUUAGCGUUUUAUAACAAAGCGGAUCUUGCAGUGUGAACGAGUCCGGACCGCAAAGGACGUAAAUUCAGACGGAUUCACUAAAAUAAGCGCUCUUGCAAACCUAAAUAUAACAGUCCAGGUAGCCGAAACAUUUAUUAGGACAGAUGGCUGUAGGAUGCAAACGGCGCUUGUUAUGUAUUCCAGGGAUAUUUACAUGGGAUGGAAAUAAAUAAUCUAUCUAUUGGACAGCUUUGGUUUUCCAUACGUUUUCUGAAAAUGCAGGCAAAUGACUUUUAUUAGAAAAUAACGGGCACAUUUUAUCUUCUGAAGUUCUUUUAACUGUUUUCUAGCUAAGGGAGUUUGCUUAUUUGACAGUCAUUUCGUUUUGGAAAAUUCAGACCGGGUUUUGUAGUUAACUGGCUGUUUGCACUUGCUGCAAAGCCAACAGACAAAUGCCUUAAUACGAGUAUAUGUGCUGGAACCGACAGGAGAGAUGGAGCCCGCAAAGAACAAGGAGGUCAAAGGGGAUAAUCCCCUGAAAACAGACAAGAGGUUCUUGCUUUGGUAUAUGGGAUGGUCUGCUAUGGACAAACGGACUACGCUGCCUAUGCUUCCGUGGCUUGUUGCGGAGAUCCGGAGGAGAGGCGAGAGGAGCUCCGUGGGUCCGGCUCAGCCCAGGGAAGUGGAGCUGACCGUCGCACCGCCUUUCAUACGAUGCGUCCCGGCCAGAUCCAGCAACGUUUCCGUGUUUAUCUUCGAGCAUAAAGCGCAGUUUGUAUCAAGGUUCAUUCACAACAGCCAAGACCACACGUACUUCGCCUACCUUAUUCGGAGCCAGCCUGACGACCCCGAGUCAGAGAUGGCAUGCCAUGUUUUUAAGGCGUGCCAUCCCAGCCAGGUUCCAGAGGUCAUCAGCAGUAUCAGGCAGGUAUCCAAGGCUGUGCUUAAGGAGGACGCCAAGGCCAAGUGGAAUGGCGAGGAAGCCUUCUACAACUCUCAGAAGUUCGAAGUGCUGUAUCGUGGCAAGGUGACCGUGCCCCACAAGAAGGUGCCCUCCACCCUAAUCGACGACUGCAUCCAUAAGUUCCAGCACAAGGUGGAGCAAAAGGAUGUCGGCCUAACGAAGAGCCAGUGCGACUCUGUGGAUUCCAGCGUCCAGUUCGUUGUGGGAGAUGACGGGGUUGGUAGUGGGGAGGAGGACACAAAGGAGGACAGGCCGACUGAGGAGGGCAUGACGCGCGAGCAGGACCUUCUUGGAAGCCCUAACCUGGGCGGUCUUCAAGAAGCCUUCCCGGAGUGCGUUCUGGAAGACCGGGGGCCAGGUGCACAGAGAGAGUUCCGUGUUAGAUGUAACAGUCUGAAGCCCAAGAUGGGGGGGUCAGAGUCUCCUAUCCGCAGGAGGCACGGUAGCGCGCCUAGUCGGGUGCAGCCUUCUGAUGCACAGAAGAACUGCACCAUGCUCUUCCAGGUUGGACGCUUUGAAGUGAAUCUCAUUAGCCCAGACAGCAAGACUGUAGUGCUUGAAAGGAAUUUCAAAGAAAUUUCUUGCUGCUCACAGGGAAUUAAACAAACGGAUCACUUUGGGUUUGUCUGCCGUGACCUUGGGGAGCGGGAGCCUGGUCCCAGUCAGUACAUAUGCUAUGUGUUCCAAUGUGCCAGUGAAUCUCUGGUGAGUGAAGUGAUGCUGACUCUGAAGCAGGCCUUUUGCACAGCCGCUGCCCUACGGAGCACCAAGACACCGGUGAAGCUGUGUGAAACCUGCCCUAUGCACAGUCUGCACAAGCUCUGCGAGAGAAUCGAAGGUCUUUACCCCCCCAGGGCCAAACUGGCCAUUCAGAGACACCUCUCCCAGCUGACUGAAAAGGAACAAGCUGAUACCUUCGAAAGUGUUCAGAAGAUGAAGCCUGCCACUGAUCAAGAAGAGAAUGAGCUGUUGAUUAUCCAUCUGAGGCAGCUGUAUGAAACUAAACAGAAGGUUCACUUGCAUAUUGGAGAGGCUCCCCAGGAUGACCGAAACAGCCGUGUGUCAGACAACGCCGUGCCUGGUGCUCGCUUCACACUGGACGUGCUGAAGACCAAGGCCCGCAGCUCCCUGACCAGCUCCCUGGAGAAUAUCCUCUCAAGGGGAGCGAGUCGAGUGCGAGGACGCUUAGGAAGCAUCGGCAGCUUCGAGCAUGAUGAUUUCUCCGGCAGUUCCCCUCCUGGAACGCCCUGCCUGACCUCUCCAUCUAAUUUUGAGGAAGACCCAGAUGACCCACAGUUCCGACAGCGGUCCCAGACCUUCGGGCACCUGCCCGGCAAAAAAAGGAUUUCCUUCAGCGAGGGCCACCCUCAUGUCAAGGCGCCGUUCCGCCGGCAGCAGUCUCUGGCCCCUGAGCUUCUCCGGAGCAGUAACACGGAGGGACAGAGGAAGACCUCUGUGGGCUGCAGCAGUGACUCCUUCACUGCUGAUGUUACCCCGGUAACCCUGCGGAACGUCUCCUGGCGCCAGAAGAUCUUCCUCCAGGUCGCCUCACCAAUGAACAAGCCUUCAAUAGGUGCAGACGGCCUGGCUGACAGGGAGCUUCUGCCUCUGUCUCCACAUGCCAUACCUCAGGACCACGACUCCUAUGGCCGCCAGCUGCCCUUUGACCUUAGGCCCUCUGUGGGAGGAGUGCAGCACUCCGCAUCCAAGUACCGGCUCCUGUGGAGGUGGGCCAUCCAUCAACAGGUCCUCCUGCUCCACAUGGAGAAGGAGGACGAGCAUCUGGAAGCCAGCAGAGAUGAGCUGCCAGUUCAGAAUAUGAAGCUCAGCUACGAGGAAGUUGGCCAGUGUCCCGAGGACUUACUGACCCUGUGGGAAACGAAACUGGCUGCUCCCUGUUUAGGCAAAGUCCGGUGGAGCAGGGAGGAAAUCCGAAGUACAGUCAGUCAUGGUGUCCCUAAAAGCCGACGGGGGGAGGUGUGGCGGCUUCUGUCCCAGCAGCACCGACUGGCUCACUGGCUCCCCUGCCGGCAGCAGCCCCCAGAAGCCUCGUACCAGGACCUGCUGAAGCAGCUGACUGUCCAGCAGCACGCCAUACUGGUAGACCUGGGGCGGACCUUCCCCGCCCACCCAUAUUUCUCCGCCCAGCUGGGGGCGGGGCAGCUGUCCCUCUACAAUCUGCUGAAGGCCUACUCCCUGCUGGACGUGGAGGUGGGUUACUGCCAGGGCCUCAGCUUCGUGGCCGGCCUGCUGCUGCUGCACAUGAGCGAGGAGCAGGCCUUCGACAUGCUGCGCUUCCUCAUGUACGGCCUGGGCUUCCGUAGGCAGUACCGGCCUGACAUGGUGUUUCUGCAGAUGCAGAUGUACCAGAUCUCCCGUCUGUUGCACGACUACCUGCGAGACGUCUUCAAUCACCUGGAGUGUCACAAAGUUAACCCCUGCCUGUAUGCCGCCCCCUGGUUUCUCACCAUCUUUGCCUCUCAGUUUCCCCUGGGCUUCGUGGCCCGCAUCUUUGAUGUCCUGUUUGCCCAAGGCCCUGAAGUGGUCUUCAAGGUAGCCUUGUGUCUCCUGCAGAAGCAUGAACGUAACAUAAUCGAGUGUGACAGCUUCGAGACUGUUGUGGAUUACCUUAAAACGACCAUGCCUAACCUUACCAUGACACAGAUGGAGCAAAUUAUUUCUCAGGUUAUGGAAAUUGACAUUUCCAAACAGCUUCAUGCGUAUGAAGUUGAGUACCAAGUGUUCCUGGAAAUGUCAGAGACUUUGACCCUAUCUGAAGACUUUGACCGCCUUGAGAAGCUAGAGAGAACCAACAUUGACCUAAAGAAGCAGAAUUUGGACCUGAUGGUGAAGCUUCAGACUGCCCAUGUCAAGGCCCAGACUUUGGAGGCUAACGUGGAGAAGUUUGUGGCGCAGGAGUCCAAGAUGCAGCAGAUAGUCCGCACUCUGGAACAGGAGAAGGCCUUUUACCAGAGGAGCGUGGAGCGUCUCCGAAGCCGACUGGCCCCAGGGACGGUGCUGGAUGUGGAGCCGAUUGCCAUGUCAUCCGGCCCGAAUGGGCAACUCAAAGCAAGACAAAAAUGACUGUGACUCAGAGGAGCAACUCUUGCAGCACAAAACGGGCGUUAAUUUAGAGUGGAGCACAUUCACAUUCCGGAACCAGAGUAGUUAUAAGUCCAGAUGAUUAACAUGUUGGCCAGCUGCUCUGAUGUGUCAUGGGAGACGUUCUAAUCAUUUGUAGCUGGUGCCGUGUUCUGCUAUGUUCCCCUGGCUGCUCUUUUUCUCCUCCUCCAUUCUUGUUCCUGUUGGGGCCCUGUGCUGGCUUAUGUUAUUCGCUACAAGCCAAAAUAUUUGCAUAUUCUGUAGUCACACCUAUUUUUCUUGAUGGAUAUCCCAGCAUUUUUGGUAGGAUAAUGUAGUUUGGGCUUCUGACAUUUUGUAUUAUAAAUAUAGAGCAAAGUGGUGUGGACCAGGUGAAGUUAAGCAUGAGCCCAGUGCUGUGGAGCUUCAGGACCAGAUCUUUGGCUGCACUCCCAGUGACAUGGCAGGAAGUAGGUUCUCCACCAUGGAAAUGUUCCACCAUAACUGGCUCUUCUCAGCUGCAGCUUGCUGUCCCGGCAUAGGCUGCUGCCUGUUCAUGAGUGAUCAGUCUGCACCUUCAUUGAAAAUACUUGAAAACUAGAUGAAUGUAUUUGCUGUGCAAAGGGAAGUGCAUUAUAUGACAAGAGAAAUCAUUUUUAAGAAUGAUAAAAUGUAUUAAUCCUAGCUGUAGAACUUUGAACCAAAUUUUACCUCCCGUCUGACUGAAGUAGCAAAGCUGUUUGCCCAAAGUCUGUCUAGACUGUUUACCGGAUGGUUUCCUGUGUGAGAAACCACGGUGCCCAUAAGGUGUGAAAUCUGCUACACACUUUGCAUUAACUUUGGGCUGAAAAAUGGUCCCACGUUAGCAUAGCCUGAAUUCUUACGAUUGUAUCCAUUUGCAGUAGUAAGGAGACUGUAGCACUUGUGUGAUUUUUAAUUUUUUUCCAGUGUCUUUGAGUUAAAAAAAUCUCUGCUGUUCAUGCACGUGAACCUAGAAUUUUGAUGUUUGCACACAGCAUAGGCACAUGCAGUAUGUGUGAGUAAACAGUAUACCGCAUCUGUGUGGUCAUAUUGGACAAAGUGAUACUGAGGCGAAUGAUCUUUGCUGUGAGUGGAGUUUCAUGUCAUGUCAGAGAAGAUUUCUCAGUGUUGUGUGCUUCUUCUCAUAUUGUCUUUCACGUGAAAGAGAUGGGUCAUCUCUAGAAAAUAGUAAAACCGCGAACCAGUAUAUCACAUGCAUGUGCAGAAGCUGCUUAUACACACAGAGAAGAAAACAUUUAUCAUAAUGACUCUAACUUACUACGCUUAAAAGCAAAACUUAAUAGCAUUCUUCGAAGUAUGGGUAGUUAUUUUUUUUUGGAUUUUCAGAAUGAUUUUUUUCUUGGCUUUCAUAACCAACUGAUCUUAUUACUGGCAGUCUAUGCAGAUAAUAUGAUUUUUUUCGAGAAAUCUACAUUAGAUAAAACUUUAAGUAUGCUGUGGAGUGGUUUGUUUUGUAAACUGCAAACCGUAUGUGUUGUGGUUUAUGUAUGAUAGAUCUAUAUGUUUUAGAUUUUUUUGAAAAAAAAAAAAUUGUACAGUCCUUAGUUUAGUCACUCAAUUGGUUCUUAAUCUGUACAGCUGUUAUAUAAACAGGUCAUCAUCUGUUAACAAAAGAAGAUUGCCGUUGCUUGCGUUUGUUUUCAUUCUCAAGCUUUUAACUACAGCAGCAGAUCUCAUUCCUCAAAGCUCUGAAUAUAGGUUCCACCUCCAUGUGUAUCUGCACUGGUGAGAAAAAUGACUGAUCUUCUGCUUUGAGACAAGUGCUGGUUUCUUUUAAUUUCCUAAUGAAUGAAGGCAUGCAAUGUGGCAGCUGUAAAUGUAAACUGUGAGCAAGAGUAAUAGCAGACUGUCUGAAAGGUGUUGUAAGGUGGGAAUUUUUUUAAAAUUCAGAAAACUGCGGCGUAUAUGUGUGGACAGAACUGUGAUCUGCACUUGCAAACAAGACAUCGAUGAGAAACCAUGCAAAUGGCUGUUUGCAGGAAUAAGUAAGGACAGAGUGCACUGCUGCAUUUCUCAAACUAGAGGUCUAUUUGAAUGCAAUUUAGAGCAGUUUAGAAUCUGAGAAGUAGCUGCUUCAUUUUGCAUUAUUAUUGUUUGAGAUGCACCAAUGAAGCCUUGGAAUUAGUGAGCUGUCUUACCGCCUUUGCUGUAAAAAUUACUUUUAAAUGACAGAAAAUAGUAAGAAUAAUCUUUUAGUCCACAGUAAUACGAUGCUGCCACCCCCACAGUGCGGGACUGACCUUCUUUCCAUCGUUUAGGGACUGGCAGAGUAACGGUUAAACCGAAUGAGGUGAGAGUGUUUGGGGACGGGGGCCCAUGACCUGCCGCUCUUCUGGCUUUUAGUCAUAACCCUCCAUGUUGCUGCGUUUGUUCCAGCAAACUCUCCACUGUCCACUGUCACUUAAACGGAAAAUCCUGCCAUUUUGACCAGUUCCUUUUAACCACCUUCUUUAGCUCAUUUGUUUACCUCAAUUUUUAGUGAUUUAUUGGCAGAAAUGUAUUCCUAAAUGUGGAAAUAUUUACGCAGCGUAGUCUGGGGCCUGGAUCACGAAAUGAGAUUUGUUGGUUUAGCUAAAUGACUUGUUGGGUUUAAGGUCCCCCAGUUCAAAUGGACCAUAUCUUCAUUCGCUGACAUUUAGCCCAGACUAUCUUAAAUCCAACAAGAUCUUGCAAACCCAAAAAUCCAGCCUGGUGAUCUCUUAGAAAAACAUCGGAGCCAUCAGCGGAAGCACUGUGUGAAAUCGGACUGCAAAUCGAGGUCAAUGCUUAAGCCCUCAUUGGCUGGAAGAACCUGCAGAGGACAUUUGAGUCUCACCCUGAACAUGGGCUUUCCAGAUAACAGUAAGACGUUGCAUGGUCUUUGGCGAGUGAACAGAAUGGAAGAUCUAAAGAACUAAAGUGCAGUGAUGUGGAGGGUCCUGGAAGGUGUUCUUAUUUUAGUCUUUGAAAGGGAAAAUAUCUAUAGAAGCACAAUGUUUCCUUGAAUUAGUACAAGUUCUGCUUGUUAUUAAUACAAGGAGGUGAUGGAGAACAAGGUACUGUAGUUGUUUGCAUCAGUCAUGUUGCAAGCUCUCUGCUGUGGAAGUAAUUCCUUUCAGCAGCUCACAGUUUGCAAUAUGCAGUGUUUGCAGUAUGAGGAAGUCCAGUGAUUGGGCCCCAGUGAGCGUACAGCUCUAGCAGCUGCACAGCUGAUGCUCUCAUGGAGACUGGCUGCUUACACAUUAGCUUGGCUGCUUCUCUCUGGCCAUUACUGCCCCUCCUGGUGUUUCGCUGCUUACAUAUACAUUGUGUUGUAUUUGUUAGUUGAGCAUCUUUCCAUUGCUGAAAUCAUGGCCAUUUCCAGUAUGAAGUAUAUGUAAUAUAAAAAUGUUAUGGUGUUUACUGGUGUGGCUAAAGGAAUUACAGAAAAAACACAUCUUAACUAGAUGCCAGUGGUUGCAGUGCUGACUGAUUUGAGUGCAGAAAGGGUCCAGUGUUGGAGAUGUCACUGAUGAGUGUCAGGGGUUAAAUUGCCCACUUUUCAUCUAAAUAGUCAAAAGAAAACAACAGACUUCAGUGACCGUAAAGGCUAUUUACACAUGCUGAUGUAACACGUUAGUCAGCAAAACCACAGGACAGAAAUUGGAAAAAGCAAAACUUUUGAAGAAAUAUGUUACAUGUGAAUAUGUAAGAGGCGAUAUGAGUUUCACGCGUAUCAUAGUGAGUGGAAGAGCGAUUGAGAUCACGUAUGUGAGAUCUGCAUGGUGGCCCUUUUAAUGAGCACAUCUUCCAGCUCAACUGGAACCACAGAGACUGUUAGCCUAACAGCUCAGUGGGCUGUGGAAGCUGAAUGGAGCCUUUCAGUUCUGCUGCUCGUCUCCCUGGGGGUGAGAGACCGGUUGCCAUGGUUAUCCCGGAUUCCUGCAGCUAAUGGGUGGGAGUUGUGUAGCUCUGGCAACCUGUUCUGUCUGGGGCGGAAUAUGAAGAGUGCUGGGUGUGCGGUGGCUGUGUUCUGGGACACCGGAGGUCACACACAUCGCCUGGCCGCCUUCCUUUUCUAGCCCUUUAUUUUCUGUCUGCCAGCAGCUGCUAAUAUGAUCUGGUGGUUUGGCACAAGAGAAUUGCGGUAAUUGGAUUAUACUUUACCAACCGUUUGGUAAUCUCACCACCAACAGUGACCACAUUGCUAGUAAGAGCCUUUACUACAUGCCUAUAAUUGGAUGAUUUUAGAACAGAUUUCCUGUCAGCCCAACCUUGCCUUUGCUUGUUUCUCCUUUAGUACCUUUGGAAAUAUUUGCCUUCCUGUGGACCAUUUUUUCAUCUGUACAACAAUUUAAGAUAUGAAUAUUAAUGAAUAUUAGGGCAAUUUAUAGAAAUCCACUGUAUUGAAACCAUGCCGUUUACGGUACCGAUUCUUCUGGGCCAUGUGUUGCUGAAUAAUCACAAUCAGAAUUUAAUGGGCGGUUAAUACUUCUUUAACUGGUCUUCUCUGUCUUUCCAGUCCUUUCUAUUAUAGAUAUAUUUAUGAUCUGUCAUGUCCUUUCAGUUUUCCCACAGUAAAUCUUUCUGUAAUUGUUUGUAAACAGCUAAGUCUAUACUGUAUAUGCUGAAUCCCAGCAUAUUCCUUAUAGGAACGACUGCAAGAUUUCGUUCUGAACAGUGCUCAGAAAGCAAGAGCUUCUGGUUAAUUCUGUCAGUGAUUAGGAUGAAGGAAAUAAUGAUACAUAUUUGAAAGCCCAGCCGAGCGAGCGGUGAUUAGUAGCCUUGUAUAAUGUCUGCAAUAUGUCUGUUACUAAGAGUUUAGAAAUCUUCUAACCCUCUACAGCUGCAGUGUUGAAAUAAGCAUUUGUUGGCUUCAGGGGGAAUUUGGUAACAUUGUAAUGUGUUUGCAGAAUCUACAAGUUUAAAGUAUACAAAUUAUCGUUGUGAUGUUUGUGAUGGGGAGAGACGAGGACUUGGUAGUUGAUGCCCUGGAUAUCAGAUGGAGAGAUUAUGGCUUCCAGGAAUAUAUACAGUAUAUCAAGUAUAAAACCUUAAGCUAUUUGAAUAAUAUGCAAAUUAAUGGUAAAAUAGCUAAUAACUUUAGAUGAGCAGAAUUGAAAAGUCACAGAACUGGCUUUGUCCAAGCAACACAGAUGUUUAACUUUUGUGGUACAGAGCUUGAUGUCAUUCUUGGAGCUUGAGUUGGAGAAUCCUUGGAGGAAUUCAUUUUCCGCAACUUUCUGGACGACUUAGUACAUUCUGCUAUGUAUAUUUAUGAAUUUUACAAUACAUUACAGAAGACAUGUUUUCAGGCUCACCUACGAGUGCAGUAACAAGGGCUUCCCAGUACUCCUACUUUACAGCAGGUUGGCAUUGCACUUGUGAAGGACUGUGCUAAAGUCCAACAGAUUACGAGUCUCUCGAAACACCAGGCUGCCUUAAGGACAGUGGAGUCCAAACUGUAAUCCCUAUAUACCCUUUACAACAAAGUACUGUCCACACCUUUCCAUUCAAAUAUUUAUAUAAAUACAUGUUGUACAUUAAUGAUUAGUGCCAUUUUUUGGGGGGAGGGAUUUUCCAUACAAAUGCCUGUUUCAGUCUUAAUACUCUGCCACUGAUGCCGAUUUCUUGCCUUUCAUUUAAGAUCAAUACUGAGUCACAGCUGUGUUUGUCCGAAUAUCGCUUUCAGUGACUUGACCACAGCAAUGUCUACAUCCAUUAGAUGAUGUCCACACCAUUUGUACCUAAAGACAAUAUGUUUUUCAAGUACUAGGCUCUUGUUGCUUUUCAUGGAAAUGCUGAAAUAAAGAAUGGUUUACAGACCAGCAAAACCACUUAGUGACCACCAAUGACCAUCAUGAGCUUUUUAAAUGAAUUACAUAUAAAUCACUUCACAGCAAGAAGUGUUUCUGAUCCCAAUAACAGCGAGAUUGGGAGACUGAGAGUGUUGGCUUGUACCUGUUAAGUAUGUGAGAUUAUUCCUGUUUCUAAGUUUGUGGCAAAGUAAUAACCCAUAAACCGUGGAUCUAAGCAAACAUCUGCUUUGCAGUGUUGACGGGACACUCCUUGAGCAAAUCAGACUUCGCAGAAAAGCCCUGCCCUUUGUUACAUAACCAAUUUCCAGCCAAACUUGAUGUAAUUAAACAAACAUGUCACAGUGCAGCCCAUUCUCAAUGGCCAAAAUCUGAAAUUGUUAAUCACAUUUGACUGUCGUGUAGCCCGUACUAUUGUUAUACCAGCCUGGUCCUCUCAGUCUCCUGGAUCAUAGAUUAUCUGUCCAAAAGACGAGAGUUUGUUAGGCGACACGGAGCAGGGGUGUUACUAGAAAUUUUGGACCCCCUGAGAAAUUUUGUAUAUAAUUUUGUAUGUUCAAGGACCCCUGUUAAGUGUUGGGCCCUCUGAAUCUGCCAGGGUGUUGGUGCCCCAUCCAUGCCCCGCCAAUCCCCGGACGGUGAGACACCUCUGGGAACUGUCCUGUAUCCCUGCCUGUGCACCCAUUUACACAACAGGUUUCCACUACAACACCAGCUCAUACCAGCAGAAGAAGGCUGCCUGGAUACUGGAGCAGGAUAUAGGAGGCUAGGAGAGUCCUUUGCCAUAUGGCGCUGGGAGAACCAACUGCAGCUCAGCAUCGGCACGUCAAAGGAGGCAGUGGUGGAUCUCAGGCGUGCCAAGGGGCCCUUGAGAUCAGUCACCACCCAGGGGGAGGAAGUGGAGGUGGUACUGGGCUGUAAGGCCUGGAAGGAUCCAUUUGACCAGCAGACUGGGCAGGGUGAGCAACUUAACGGCAUUGGACAAGAAAGGCCGGAGCCGACUCUAAUAUUUGAGUAGGCUCAGGUCUUUUGAAGUUUGAGGAUGUUCUAGCAGUCCAUAGUGACUAGUGUACACUACACUUGUUUUUCAAGUGAAGCAAAAUAAGUUCAUGAAAAACUCAUUGGGAAAUCCAGCUUCAUCACAGAACUGACCCUAGACCCUCUGGAGGCGAAACUGGAGAAUUUCACAAAUAGUUCUGUCCAUCCCUUCCACGGGGUGCUCUCUUGGAGCACCUUUUAAGUGUGCUUUUUUUGCACCAUUGUCAGUUAAGAAGCAGUACUGGGGCUUGGUUGAACCCGCCGGCAUAAAGCACUACAAUGCCUUCCCCUGACAUACUUGCCCGUGCUCCAACCAUACAACAUGUCAGGACAACAUUUAAAAAUGGGUCAUGACGCCCUACAGUAUAUAACUAUGAAUGGUUAUGUGCAUUCAUGUGUAUGCUUUGGUGAUUCAUUUCCUAUCUAUUCAUUUUCGCACAACUUUGUUUGCACUGUGUAUUGUCUUCUCACUGUGUAUUGAGUUUUUCACUGUUAUGUUUCUUUCAGUGCACUUUAUAAUCCUUUGCUGCUCUGUGCAACUGAAUUUACCAUCCAUCCGUCAUCCAUCCAUCCAUCCCUUGCAAAUCAUGUUUGCAAUCUAAGAAAAAGCUUUGAAUGUAAGUCUGUAUAGUAAAAUAUAAACUGCAUUGUCUUGUGA